CGACGGCGGCGCAGGAGCACGCUCAGGCGUAAAAACACCGUAUCGGAAUAAUAACACUGAACGAAAACCUACGCAGAAUAACUAUAACUGCAGCGCUUGCGGAGGACGUAAUCACAACUAUGCGGACUGUCGGUUCCGGGAGUAUGUGUGCAGCAAGUGUCAUCGUCCCGGACAUCUGCGGCGAGUGUGUCCAGGAUGGAAUGCAUCGGAGGCGUCGCAGGGCGCAGGCCGGCGGCAAGGCCUGGCGCCGGCGGGGACGGCGCAGGCCCGUAGUGGCUUGUACUUUGGGGAGGCCGAUCGCGGAACUAGCGAGGAGUGCGGCGGAGACCUCGAAGAAGAACUACACCAUUUAUGCUUGAAUGACUACAAAUCAGUUUAAGGAGCUAUUCGACGGCGGGCUGGGGCGGUACACGGGCGGGCUCGCGACGCUGCGGGUGCGGGCGGGCGCGGCGCCGGUGUUCCACCGCGCGCGGCCGCUGCCGUACGCGCUGCGCGAGCGCGUGGACGCCGAGCUGGACGCCAUGCUGCGCGCCGGCGUCAUCGAGCCCGUGGACUGCUCCGACUGGGCCUCGCCGCUUGUGCCGAUUAACAAACCGGACGGUACGCUUAGGAUUUGCGCUGAUUAUAAAUCUACUUUGAACCCGUCUUUAUUGGUCGAUCGUUACCCACUUCCUAAAAUAGAGGAUGUAUUAGUAAAUUUAAAUGGGAAUUUAUAUUUUAGUAAAAUCGAUCUUUCACAAGCGUACAAUCAAAUCGAGUUGGAUGAUUCUAAGAAAUAUACUGUUAUAAAUACACAUCGGGGUCUAUUUCGCUAUAAUAGGUUAGUAUAUGGCUUAGCAUCGAGUGUAGGUAUAUUUCAGCGGAUUAUGACUAAUUUAUUGUGCGAUAUACCUAAUGUGCAAGUGUUCCUGGAUGAUAUUAUUGUGGGUGGGAGAUCCAGGGCUGCCCAUUUACGGGCUUUAGAAUCAAUUUUUCAACGGUUAAAAUCAUAUGGGUUAAAGUUAAAGAAAAGUAAAUGUGUUUUUUUUGCUAAGGAAGUCACUUAUCUAGGUUAUGUGGUGUCUAAGGAGGGGACUCGUCCAGAUGCAUCUAAAAUAGAAGCAAUUGUUAAAAUGGAACAACCUCAAAAUGUUCCCGAACUGAGGUCAUUUUUGGGAACCGUAAACUUUUUCGGGAGAUUUGUAAAAAACUUAAGCCCCAUGUUGUCUCCUUUAUACACUUUAUUACGCAAGGGUGUAGAAUGGAACUGGGAUUCGGAAUGUGAACUAGCAUUUAAUAGUGUGAAACAACAGCUGUCCGGUGCAAGUGUCCUAGCUCAUUACGACCCCGACAAGCCGUUGAUAGCGACGUGCGACGCGAGCGCGCGCGGGCUGGGCGCCGUGCUGACGCAGCCCGGGCCGCGCGGCGAGCGCCCCGUCGCGUUCGCCUCGCGCUCGUUGAAUAAUGCGGAAAGGAAUUAUUCGCAAAUACACAGGGAAGCGCUCGCCAUCAUUUUUUGUAUUAAAAAGUUUCAUCAGUACUUAUAUGGUAGACGAUUUAUAUUACGCACCGAUCAUAAACCUCUAGUAUCCAUUUUCGGACCUAAUACCGGAAUACCAAACAUGACGGCGAGUCGUAUGCAACGUUGGGCAAUAAUUGUAUCUGCUUACGAUUACGAAAUCGAGUAUGUUAAAAGUAACGAUAACUGCGCGGAUAGUUUGUCGAGGUUACCUCCGAAAAGUAAGCCUGAAUUUAAUUGCAAUGAACAAAUUCCGGAACAAACAUUUUUACAUUUUGCUCAAGAGGCUUUAUUAUUAGAUUAUAAUACGAUUCGGAGAGAAACAAUUAGGGAUAGAAUUUUAAGUCGAGUUCUUUCUUACGUUAGGGACGGCUGGCCCGACCAGUGUGACAUCGAUGGGUUAAAACCGUAUUUUAAUAGGAAAACAGAGUUAUAUGAGGAGCUAGGUUGCUUAAUGUGGGGGUAUCGAGUGGUCAUACCCGAAGCGUGCCGGGAUAAGGUGUUAGAAAUAAUACAUGAGCCACACAUGGGUAUCGUCAAGUCGAAGGCUCUGGCUCGCUCAUACGUGUGGUGGGCCGGCAUCGACGAGGCCGUGGAGGGGGCCUGCCGCGCGUGCAGCGCGUGCGCCGCCACCGCCGCCGCGCCGCCGCAGCACGCGCCGCGCCCGUGGCCGUGGCCGCGCCGGCCGUGGUCUCGCAUUCACCUAGACUUUAUGGGGCCUAUACUGGGAAAAACUUACUUGGUGGUCAUAGAUGCGAUGUCCAAAUGGAUCGAAGUGUUCCAAGUUCCCAGCACUUCAGCUAGUUCCACAAUAGAUAGGUUAGGUGAACUAUGGGCUAGGUGGGGAAUUCCUAAACAGGUAGUGAGUGAUAACGGGCCGCCCUUCACGAGUAGAGAGUUUGAGUGUUUUCUCAAUAAUGAUGGAAUUGAUCACAUUUUUACCGCUCCCUAUCACCCAGCGUCGAACGGUGCCGCGGAGAAUGCGGUAAAAACAUUAAAAAGCGUGAUCAAGAAAUCAAUUGUUGAAAAAUCUGAUGUUUUAAAAUCAUUAAAUAAAUUUUUGCUUUACUAUCGUAAUACAGAACACUGCUCGACAGGUGAAAGCCCUGCUGUUUUACUUAUGGGAAGAAGGCUGCGCACUCAUUUGGACUUAUUGAAGCCAGACAUAGAAAACAAAGUCACAAAAAGUCAACAAUUGCAGGUAAAUUCAUCAGGGGGGGCGAAUAGGAAUUUGCAAGUAGGGGAGGAUGUUUGGUAUCGUCAGUAUUUGAAGGGAGAAAAAUGGCAACCGGGAAGAAUUCGCAGCUCAUUAGGUAGUACUGAUUAUACUAUAACAGAUAAUAACGGUAACGACAUUCACCGACAUAUCGACCAAUUAAGACGUAGGUCUAGAAAAUCUUUAGCGUUCCCGAUUGAAAAUAAAACAGAAAGCUCAGAUGCUAAUACAACAAUAAGUUCCCCAACAAAAUCAAACACUCAGUCGAAGCAGUCUGUGGAAUCGAACAUAGCGCCCGCGCCCACGCAGCCAGAGUCGCCGGCGCUGGCGCGCAGCGUGGAAGAAGGGGAGGCAGGGGCAAAGUCGGGGGACGACGACUGUUUUGCUACUCCGGAAAAAGUGUUCGAUUCACCUAAUGUACAGCCAGUAGUCCCCGCUGAACCGCCCCAGUCACGCCCGAUAAGGAAGUGUAGGUUAGAUAAGGUGCCUAGAUAUAAGUUUUAG